AUGAGUGAGACCAGCUCAAGUCGCAGGAGCGCGAGUAAAGACGCUGUCAAAUCUUACUUCGCAGGCAAAUACAAUAAAGUGUUGGAUUCUAUACUGGAGGCAGAAGCAGCAAUAUCAAAAUCGCCAACUGUAGCAGAAGAUCUAUCAGGAAGCUCCUCCAGCGGAAAUUCUGAGAUGAGCCAUCCUUCGCUAACCGCCUCCUCCGCAACAAGCCAAGGCAUUAGCAAAAAGGAACUACUCCAACAAAUUGCUGGUUCAUUAUUCAGUACGUCCAUUGAGCGCCUGAAGACUGCCCACUCAUCAGAAGUAUCAAGUACUCCGGAAUAUUCAGUAAAUGAUUCGUAUGGAGAGCAAGAGUGCAGGGAGUGCGAUGGUGUUUUCAAGUGUUCAGCGCACUUUGAGGGCGCGCCCGAAUAUUAUGACGAUGAAACCGAAUCAGGGCCAGCUCUAGAACCUAUGACUUCCAAUAGUGAAAAAGAUCCUUUUAUCGAUGUAUUUUUGGAUAAACUAAUAUCGAGGUUGGUCCCUGAAAAGCUACCAGAAAGAGAGCAUUUUAGUAGCAAAACCACCAUUGAGCAUGAUCUAGACACAGGAAGGGUUCCCGUGUUUUCAGCAACUACAUUGGGUAGUAAUUUCAAAAAAUUGUCUAAGAAAAUGGGCUCAAUAUUUGAACUCCAGGACUCCAUAGUUCGACUGCUGACUUGGAGAAACCCUACCGGGACGGUGACGUCGUUAAUAUUAUUCACUUUGAUAUGUUUUAAUCCAAUGUACUUGGUAAUUUUGCCUAUAUUCCGCUUUGUCUAUGGUAUUGUAGUUCCUGGCUAUGUGCGUAAACAUCCUUUACAAAGGAGUAUAUAUCCUCUGAAACGGAAUCACGGAUCAUCAUUGUUAUAUGAUGUGUGCUAUGAGGGAAAAAAUGAGUACAGCUACGGUCAACAGUUUUUCUCCAAAUCUUUUAUGGACACUUUGGAAUCAAGAAAUCAAGAAAUAGACGAAAUAUCAGAAUUAGAUAAAAGAACCGAAAACACAGGGGAAUUGAAACAAGGAAUGAAAGUACUAAUUAAUUUACGCGAUAUGCAAAACAUGACCUCUGGUACCCUUCAUGUUAUUGAGGCAAUCAAUAGUUUUCUUCGUAAGUCUUCUAGUUUUCAAAACGAAGAGUGCUCCACUAAACGUUUUUUUACAGGAUUUCUUUUGAUUGUUUUCUUAAAAAUAUUAUCACCAUUUGUGAAUUGGAGCUAUGUAUGUAGCAUAUUCGCCUGGUGCUUACUGAUAUAUAUGCAUCCAAGAGCUCAUCCAAAAAUAAUAAGUUUUUUCAAAACAGGAACAAUGGGAAAAGAAUACAAAAACUUGAAAAAAAGAGAACACCAGGCGCUUAACAUGAUAUUCGAUGAACAACCGGAAACUAAAUUCAUCGAGAUUUUUGAAAUAUAUAAAAAGGCCUUACUGCCGAACGACUGGAAGUUUUUCCGAUAUUCAAAUAGAAUUUUCGAUCCUCAAGAUCCGUAUAGAAGAGCACAGCAAUUCCCACCGGGAGUAGAUUCUUUGGCUGAUGUUAUUCCCCCCACAGGCUGGUCAUUUGAUCCUAAUUUUGAGUGGAAAAUUGACAAUGAUGUGGAUAGGUGGGUGGUAGAACGUGGGUUGAAUCUGCCAAUUACCGGCGAAUUCUUAUUUGAUCCAAUGUUCAAGAGGAGGAGACUGAUACAUCGUGUUAUUAAGAAUGCAACACCAGUAGCAUAA